AUGGUCGCAGACGAUGAGCGACUCAAUCCAUUGAUCACCCUGCUCCAAGCGGUAGAAGAGCCACACGUCGACCACUUCCAGGAUGUCGAGCAAGCGCUCUCCAAACUCCAGGACGUCAACACUUCAGAGCUCUCGCGGAAGGCAGAGUCCAGCGAGCCUGCGCUCUUUCGGCUCGAACCGUUCCAUGAGAUGAUAGAAGCCGGACACAAGGUCCAGGACGACGUUCAGCACCUUGUGCGUUCCCUGGAGCACCGCGACAGUCCGGAGUUCCUCAAUUGGGGACGCACUGUGCAGUAUACACCGAGCCAUACGCUUGUGGUGCGGACGAUCCGAGGGGUAUGCGAGGUGGUGAAGUGGGCUGCGAAUAAGGGGAAACGCGUCCGCGUGUCCGCGUUCCGUCACACCUGGUCAGAUCUGUACGGUGCCGACGGAGACGUCAUCAUCAUGUUCCUUCCCGUCGAGAGCCUCACAAAGCUACCUUACAAGCAACCCCCCAAGGACUGGACGACGGAGCUCGCAGGGAUCCAGCUCGUCCCCACCAUCGCCGGGCGCGCGCCUCCGCCGAGGAAGGCCUUCUGCAAGAUCAUGGCCGGCACGACGAACGACCAGUUCCGCCAAUGGUGCUUCGAUAACAAGACGUGGUGCAUGCCGUUCAACGUGAUUAUGCUCGAGGUCACGUUCGGCGGGACGAACGGGCCCAUCUGCCACGGCUCGGGCUUUGGGUCGAGCACGCUCUCCGACCUCGUCGUGGAGGUGUGCUAUGUGGACGUGCAUGGCGGUCUGCAGAUUGUGAAUGAUGCAGAGGAGCUCCGCGCUGCGAGCGGAUGUUUCGGCUUAUUGGGUGUUGUGAUAUCGGUCACGUUGCAGCUCGAUCAGAUGGGUGUGGCGGAGCUUAUGCCGGUGCACAAGCCACUUCCGUUGGCCAUACCGCCGCCGAAGGAUUAUCAACUGCCUCCUCAAGUGGAACAAAUGAUGAAGAAGGAGAAGAUCACCGAGAAGCAAUUGGAGGAAGCACGGCUAGAUUUCGUACGAAGGUGCAAGGAGGAUUACUACCUCGAAUGGUUCUGGUUUCCGUACCAGGAAACGUGCUGGGUUAAUACGUGGAAACGACGUGACAUGACACCACAGGAUGCCCAUCUGCAAGCAUAUCCUGGCAACAAUUGGCUUACCGGCGUGAAGUCGCAAGAGCUCCAGGAGACGGUUGCGCAGGAGAUUACGAGCUUCUUCCUCUGGAAGGACUUGCCCGGCUACAUGCAAGCCUGGCUGUUUGGCCUCGCGACCAUGGCUGUACUGCCGAACAUCACCGACCCGAAGAAUGCCAUUGAGACGUAUGUGAGCGAAGCGCUGCAUUUCAGACGUGGAAUCCAGAACUUCCGCUGCUGGGAUUCGGAGUGGGAGAUUCCCAUCCCUUCGCAGAAUGGCGAGCGGCACUACGAGACCAUCCAACGUGCAUGGUGGGACGGAAUAUCCGCGAUGUACGCCCGCAUCCAUGAUGCCCCCGCCCGCGUCGCGCUCGAAAUGCGGCUGACAGGACAGUCAUCUGUACUUCUCGCUCCGCAACGCGGAAACGCCAGUGGAACCGUAUCCAUCGAGGUCCUCACGACGCUCGCCAGUCCACAAAGCGAAUGGGCGUCGUUUUGCCAGGAGGUCACGGAUCGGUGGACAAGCUAUGAUACUAAAGGCGAAGACGGAAGGACGAUGAAUCCGCGUCCGCAUUGGGCAAAGCAGUGGUCGGGCCUUUUGGUUCGAGGAAAGCCGAUCGAACAAUAUAUCAGAGAAGAUGCGUAUGGCGAUGCGUUCGCGGAGUUCAGAGGCGCAUUUCAGAAUAUUGUACAGAAAAGAGGUGGAACGGUAAAUGAAACGCUCGCACGCUUCGGGAACCAGACCCUUCAAGGGCUUAUUUUCCAUUGA